CUCACAGUUGCUAAUGUUUAUGGUUCUGAAAGAAAAGUUUUGAUUCGAUCUGAAAAUAGAUCGUUAUUUGUUUUGUAGCUACUUGCUGAGUGUUUUUGUUUUGUUCAAUGUGCUGGUUUAGUGUAAUUAAAGUGCAGUAGGGUGGCUCUCCACUUACGCCGCGAAGUGAGCCAUCAGCCGCUGUUCCAUGAACAGAAGUACGCUCAGGCAGGUACUAUUUAGUCGUUAGCACUGAUCGGAGACAGUGUCGAGUGACUAGAGCGCGGCCCGGACCUCGGCGGCGGCAAAACAACUUUCCAGCCUUCAACAACACCAACGUUCCAACAGUUCCAGCAUGCCUCGCGGUCUGCUGAGUGAGGGUUCUUACUCGUCGCUGGACCCCGUCUACAAAGGCACCACCGUGCCUAACAUUAAGGACGGUAGAAUAAAGAAAGUCCUAAAGAUGUCUAAGGCCAAGAAGAGAUUAAAUUUUAAAGAGAUAUUAUUCAAUCAGUUUGUCAAUAAUGAAGAAGCGGAAGUGAAUAUCCUCACGAAGGAAGAAGUCAAGGAGGAGAAAAUGCCCACCACCAAUGCUGAAGAGGCCGCCCUGCUCGGCGUGGCGCCGCUGGACAGCAUGGACGACAUCGAGCUGAAGAACAUCCAGCUGCAGUUCCCGACCGCCCGCUGCUUCGGCGACGCGGGCUGCACCGAGGUCCGCGUGCGCACCGACCGCGGGGACAUACUCGUCGCCGUGCAGGGCGACCGCAGCAAGCCCGCCAUCUUCACGUACCACGACCUUGGCCUAAACUAUAUCUGCUUCCAACCGUUCUUCAACUUCGUGGACAUGCGAGCCUUGCUGGAAAACUUCUGCGUGUAUCACAUCAACGCGCCGGGGCAGGAGGAAGGCGCCCAGAGCUUGCCGGAGGACUACAUCUACCCGACGAUGGACGAGCUGGCCAACCAGCUGAACUACGUGCUGGGACACUUCGGCAUCAAGUCCUUCAUCGGGUUCGGCGUCGGCGCCGGCGCCAACAUCUUCGCGCGCUUCGCUCUCGCCUACCCGCAGAAGGUGGACGCCCUGGCUCUGAUCAACUGCACGUCCAACCAGUCGGGCUGGAUCGAGUGGGCCUACCAGAAGAUGAACACUCGCUCGCUGCGCUCCCGCGGCAUGACGCAGAACGUGCUCGACUAUCUCAUGUGGCACCACUUCGGCAAGUUCCCCGAGGAGCGGAACCACGACCUGACGCAGAUGUACCGCAUGCACUUCAACCGCAACGUGAACCCGACCAACCUGUCGCUGUUCAUCGACGCCUACCUGCGCCGCACCGACCUGGGCAUCUCGCGCGACGCUGAGACCAUCAAGGCCCCCGUGCUGAACAUCACUGGCGCCCUGUCGCCUCACGUGGAGGACACGGUCACCUUCAACGGGCGGCUACACCCCAACAACUCCACCUGGAUGAAGAUAUCCGACUGCGGCAUGGUACUCGAGGAGCAGCCGGGCAAGAUCUCCGAGGCCUUCCGCCUCUUCCUGCAGGGCGAGGGCUACGUGGCGCCGCUCUCGCCGACCAAGAUCGUGCUGUUCCGCCGGCUGUCGGACGUGGAGCGCCGCCGCCCGUGCCGCCACUCGCCCGUCAUCCGCAUCACCGAGAACCCCAUCUCGGAGGCCAUCGUCUGCUAAACAGUUGACGCCUAACUCCAUGCCACGCUGGUGCGACACUACUAACAAAUUACCAUAGUUUAAUAUGAUUGCCUCUGAAACUAUGCUAUUAUUUAUCCAUUGAGUUGGCCGAAUGACCGAGUUCAUUUUGAUUAUGUUACAGGAUAAUUCACGAAAUCUGACACAAAUGAAAUGAACGUAACUUUUAUUUCAUGAGUGAUACCUGUCCACCAUUGUAUUAGUUAAUGUGAUACAUACAUACCUACAUAUUUUCAUUAACUCAUUCAUUCCAUUCGUGCCAGCUCUUGUGAAUCGACUCGAUCUUGUGACAGGCCAUGUUUUAUUCCCAGUUGAGAAAUCUUCUAGAUGCACGAUUGUAUAGCUGGUAAUAAUAGUCAAUAGUCAUACUAUGACGGAAAACUUUGCUCGUUGAUUUUUUUUUAUUCAGUUAAUCGCGCCGGCGUGGUUUUUUAUAAACAUGACCUAAGCGCAUACACCCAACUCUAUUCUCCCGAUCGAAAUUAAUAAUGUUGAAUGACAGAAACGUAAUUUACGGUACUAAACUACAUACGCUAAUAAAAAGUAGUAGGUAGUUCUACGAUGACCUAUACGAUUAUCUAAGUUACGCGGUUUUUGACCUCUAUCUUCAACCGCGAAUAUUGUAAAAAGUAGUUUCUUGUCUAUACACUCUAUGAUCUUAAUUUGCAAAUAAUAGUUAUAUUAAGCAUCACAUCAUUGUUAAUUGUAUCAGUAUUACGUCAUGAUUCAGUAAAUAUUUGAAGACAUAAUUUUUGUUCAGUAUAAAGACAUAAAUUUGCAAGAAUCCAUGUUGAGCGUGUAUGCGUUUAGCAAGAAAGGCGGAAGUAUUAUUGUGGAUUUGUUUCCUACCGCUUGAUAUUUAUUUUUAAUACAAAAAAGCUUUAAAUUAUUAUGUUAUGGCAUAAAUGUGAUUAUGAGCGUUGUUCUUUGAUGAUUAUUUAUAUUUUAUUGGUACUAAACUUAAAUUAUGUGGCUAAGUAAGUAUAGAUGUACAUGUGUACGUAAUUUAUUUGAAUAACAG